GCCUUGAUUUAGAAAUGGCUUUCAAAUCGCACUACCACGAAGUGGUAGACACCAUUGGUUACAUGUUCACGGAGAUGUUCAGAAGACUCCGCGACAAGCACUCUGAUUUAAUAGCGAUAGUGAACCAGCAGUAUCCAGCCGAACCUUUUGAGUGGCUGGAUCCGGCGCUGAAGCUCGAGUUUUCUCAAGCCAGAGAAAUGCUCGCUGAAGCUGGAGUUGUUCUAGGCGAAGAGGACGAUCUUUCUACAGCUGAUGAAAAGUUGCUAGGAAAAUUAGUCAAGAAGAAAUAUUCUACUGAUUUCUUUAUACUGGACAAGUUUCCUUUGGCUGUUCGUCCUUUUUAUACUAUG